AUGGAUGCAUCUGUCUUUGGGGAUGUGUUGAACAUCGAUUAUGUUGAGUGCUGUAUUCGUUCAAUUCUGCAGCCGGGUGCCAUUCACGGUCCUUUUCAAGAUCCAUCUGUCUAUUCCCUCAUUCUUACUGUCCAUCUGCUGACGCCAACUAGCAUGAGGCUUCUCCCAUACGUCACCAGCCCGGCCGUCAUCUUGGAUACCUACACUGGCGAAGACUCCGAGAUAGAAGCCCCCAAAUGGGUUUUGCAGCUUGGUUCCAGUGCACACCACUUCUGGCAGCCACAUGCACACAUUGUGGAAGUGUGCAUGGCACUAUUGCGUGUCUCUUAUGCACAGACCAUUGCAUUCGGGACUUCUUCUCAUCAACAUACCGUUCCAACCAAUUCUCGUAGUCAUGCUCAUCAAAUUAUGCAUGCUGGACAUUUUUUACAUUCGCAUGGUGCUGUAGAAAAUAGUUUGCCCAUUCGAGGCAAUUAG